GCGUCCGUGACGUUGCGAGAGUCGGCCACGAUCCGUUUCCGCAAUCCCGGCACCGUCGACAGUUACGACGACGUUCCGCUCGCGACGUCGAUGAGUCACCGGUGAGAAUCACCCUCCCGUAUAAAAGAAAAGCGGUCGGCCCCGCACCGAAAAAUGGGUGCCGUUGAACGGCGGUCCGCCUAAUUGUUCCCCAUUUGCACGAUUGUGUGCGUCAUCCAUAAACGCAGAAUCCCGCAUUUCGGUGUUUGCAUGUCACAGUCUAAAUGUGACGUUGUUUGGUAAACUUUUCAUGCUCUCGGCUCGGCCAUCCUAAUUACGUAGGAAAGUUCAAGCUCACAGACACACUUGCCGGCGUGCCGUAAGGAGAUAUUCUCGCUAAGGCACACGCAGCCAGCAUAGAUAAUACACACACACGUCUUGUGUUUUUGUGCCGGUCCUUUGGUGCGGUGCAAAAUUUCCUGUUAAUAUUGUGCGUGAGUGUUGCCGUGUACAGGAGGGAUUAAAACAUGCAACCCCGCUUUGACUACGUAUGGGCAUUAAAUUGAAUAAUUAAAGGUCGCUUGGAAACGUGCCAUUGUCUACAAUCUAUCCUAUGAUCAUCUCGAAGUGAGUCGCAUCCCAUAACCACUCUAAAACGGUCCACUGUUACGACAACCCGAAUUCGUUAAAUACGGAAACAAUGAUCCGCACAACUGUGAAAUUGUUGCGUUGCGGCGUCCUAGUGACGUUGGUGAUGCUGGCGUCGACAACGAGCGGCGCCCAACAAAAUCGGCCCAAACCCAUCUACUCCAACGAGUUCGCCGUUCAUAUUCCCGACGGUGAUCAGGCGGCCGACGAAAUAGCUGCCAAGCAUGGCUUCUUCAAUCGUGGACAGGUCGGCAGCUUGAAGGGCUUCUACUUGUUCGAGCACAAGCACGUGCACAAGAGGUCCCUGCAGGCGGACGAUUUCUACCACCAGUCGCUGAUAACUGAGCCCCAGGUGCACUGGGCCCAGCAGCAGCACGAGAAGAAGCGGAGGAAGCGCGACUACGUCCUCCGGCCGUCAGUGUCGCCGUUCACGCAGUACAUAGGCGCCACGGCGCCCGGCGCCCCCAUCCACGGACAGCCCAGAUAUAGGGCGGCAACGGUCACGUUUCCUGAUCCCCUGUACAGAGAACAAUGGUAUUUGAACGGCGGCGCCAAAGACGGAUUGGACAUGAAUUUGGGGCCGGCCUGGCAAAAAGGCUACACUGGGAAGGGAGUUGUGGUGUCAAUUCUAGAUGACGGCAUCCAGACAAACCAUCCGGAUCUGGCCCAGAAUUAUGAUCCUUUGGCAAGUACAGACAUAAACGGUAACGACGAUGAUCCAAUGCCCCAAGAUAACGGAGACAACAAGCACGGCACACGUUGUGCAGGGGAAGUGGCUGCAGUCGCCUACAAUCAAUUCUGUGGCAUCGGAGUGGCCUACAAUGCCAGCAUAGGGGGGGUAAGAAUGUUGGACGGAGUAGUGAACGACGCGGUAGAAGCGCGAGCCCUGGGAUUGAAUCCCGAGCACAUCGACAUCUACAGCGCAUCCUGGGGUCCGGAGGACGACGGAAAGACCGUCGAUGGACCGGGUCCGUUGGCGCGACGCGCCUUCAUCUACGGGGUAACCAGCGGCCGUAAAGGCAAGGGCUCUAUAUUCGUUUGGGCCUCUGGAAAUGGAGGCAGACACACUGACUCCUGCAACUGUGACGGCUACACGAAUAGUAUCUUCACUCUUAGCAUAUCCAGUGCCACCCAAGGAGGGUAUAAGCCUUGGUAUCUAGAAGAAUGCUCCUCGACUCUAGCCACAACGUACAGCUCAGGUACUCCGGGGCAUGAUAAGAGCGUGGCCACGGUGGAUAUGGACGCCCGGCUUAGACCCGAUCACAUUUGCACGGUGGAACAUACGGGUACAUCUGCGUCUGCUCCUCUAGCUGCUGGUAUUUGCGCUCUUGCUCUGGAAGCUAAUCCCAGUUUAACAUGGCGUGACCUACAGUAUUUGGUUGUUUUAACAUCACGUGCCACACCACUAGAAAAGGAAGGUGGAUGGAUAGUCAACGGCGUUGGAAGGAAAGUAUCUCAUAAGUUUGGCUAUGGAUUAAUGGAUGCAGGCGCAUUGGUUAGCUUAGCCGAAAAAUGGACAACGGUGCCACCUCAACACAUUUGUAAGUCUCAGGAAAUUGGUGAAGAUAGACCUAUAUCACCGGAUUACGAUUCAACAUUGAACCUCUACAUGGAUGUCAAUGCUUGCGGUAACACACUCAACGAAGUUAACUUCCUAGAACACGUGCAAUGCAAGAUCUCAUUAAGAUUUUUCCCUCGUGGAAAUCUAAGAAUAAGUCUGACUUCUCCCAUGGGCACCACUUCUACGUUACUCUUCGAAAGACCUCGUGAUGUUGUAAGCUCCAACUUCGACGACUGGCCAUUCCUUAGUGUUCAUUUCUGGGGUGAAAAAGCGGCAGGCCGUUGGCACUUGCAGAUUCAAAACGCCGGCACCAGACAUGUUAACCAACCUGGUCUACUUAAAAAAUGGCAACUUAUUUUCUACGGAACAUCUGUAAAUCCUAUCAGGCUCCGACCAAGUAACGGACCUCGUUCAACCCUAUGGAAAACACCCUUGAAUAAUUUCUUCCCUACUCAAUCCUCCAUCGCGCAAGUGACCGACAAAUUUUUCAACGAAGAUAUAUUCAGAAACUUUAACGAUUUCCAGAAUGUGUACGCAUUUUCUGGAUCUGACCCCCAGGAGAGCAUAAGUUCUUUGAACGGGAAGAAAACUAUGAUUAGGGAUAACGAUAAUAAUUUAGACAACGACAAAGAAACCAAGGAAAACUGUGAUGAACAAUGUGAUGCCCAAGGAUGUUUCGGCGAAGGACCAUCGAAUUGCAUAGCUUGCAAAAACAAGCGAAUGGAUAAGACUUGCGUGAGUACAUGCCCACCAAGAAGUUAUUCAGACUCCCAAAAUGUUUGUCAGCCAUGUCACGAAGCAUGUGAAACUUGCACGGGACCAGAUCAAAAAAGUUGUCUUACAUGUUCACCUGUCCACGUCAGAGUCACCGAUCUCGAUAUUUGUCUCCAGCAAUGUCCUGAAGGAUACUUUGAAAAUUAUUACGACAAAACGUGCACACCGUGUCAACCGAAUUGUGCAGGAUGCCAAGAUAGGCCAGACCAUUGCACCAGCUGCGAUCAUCACCUUCUUCUGUACCAAAACAAAUGCCUUGCGGCUUGUCCCCAAAACACUUAUGAGACGGACGAUAACACCUGCGCACCAUGCCACGAAACUUGCGAAACAUGCAACGGAUCAAACAGCUCUCAGUGUAUCACCUGUGGCCAAGGCACCUACUGGCACGAUGGCAGAUGCGUUAAAGAAUGUCCUGCGCAUCACUUUGCCGACAACCACCAGAGAGAAUGUGUCGAAUGUCCUCCCGGAUGUUCCGAGUGCAACAAGACCACAUGCAUAUCCUGCUUGGAUGACUGGCGCGUCAAUACCAAAGGAAGAUGUGUCUCUCAGAACAGCGACAGGUGUGAUGUCGAUCAAUACUUCGAUAGUGGAUUGUGCAAACCGUGCCAUUCGACCUGUGAUUCAUGUGACGGUCCAACAGAGAAGGCCUGCUUAUCCUGUGCCAGUCCUUUAAUCCUGCAAGGGACGCGUUGUGUCGCUCAAUGCGACGAAGGAUUCUUCAAGGAAAAGGGAGGACAGCUAUGCGAACCCUGCAUCCACACUUGCACCAAAUGUUUCGCCAAAAACAACUGCACCGAGUGCAAACCCGGACUCCAAUUGCAAAGUGGCGAAUGUCGGUCUACUUGUGCAACGGGAUAUUACAGUGAUAAAGGCGUAUGUUUGAGAUGUUAUAUGAGCUGCAAAACGUGCAGCGGUCCUGGUCAAAACCAAUGUGUGAACUGUCCCAACGGUUGGCAGCUUUUAUCAGGAGAGUGUCGUCCAGAUUGUCCUGAAGGUUACUACAAGACCGAGUACAGCUGUCAAAAGUGCCAUUAUAACUGCAGAAAUUGCGCAGGUUGCAAAAUGCAGGAAGACAAACGUCGCAUUGAUGUGGAGGCCCUGCUGUUAUCAGCUCAACCAGUAUCAACACUUCAAAUUGUUAAUCCGUUUAAUUUUAUCACCGGACUUGCAAUAAUUGCGUGCUUAUGCACUAUAAUUUUAUUUAUAGUAAUAUUUUUAGUUUUACAGAGAAAUACUUUACAUACUCAACAGAGAGGUUACAGCAGGGUAUCGAUAAAGAAACCAAAAGUCACAUGUAAUUAUAAUGUAGUGGCUGUGAGUGAUGGCGAUUCAAGCGAUUCGGAUAGUUCGGAAGGGCAUAAGCUGAUAACGCCCAAGCCCGAAAGGACUGCAUGUUAAAAUAGCGAAAACUGAAACUAAUUUAAAACAUAGUGUAAAUACAAAAACAAAACUGUCUUCAUUGUUGUGUUGUGUUUUGUAUAAAGAUGAUGACUCAGAUGAGCCGCAGUAACACUAAGCUUACACUUAAGUUAAAAACAAGAUAUUACUAAAUGUAUAUGUAUAUAAUGUGAGUCCCCAUUAUCAAACAUGAUUACCAUUUGUACCAAAAUCCUACGUGUUAUUUUGUAAGUUAUAAUCAAUGAAGACAGGCGUAUGUAAAGAAUAAAUUUUAAGAAGCGAAACUUAAGUGCUCUUGAUAUUUCAUGUCGUAAGUAUAGUUAUUUUUAAAUGUACACUUUGUAUAUAAUCAAUAGGUAAUUGUUUCAAUGUUAUUUAUGGAAUUUUACAACCUAUACAUCCAGAUACCAAAAUUCGUGAUUGAAUUUUUAUUGCUUUGAUGAUAUUUUUGUUUUUGUUAAAUUUAUUGUGAAUGUUUGUAUUUUAUGAAAUACAUAUUCGGAUUAAUAAUUUUAUAUUUUAUUUUACAGAUUUAUUAAAUUGAUAUUAUCAGGAACUAGGGUAAACUUAAAACUUUUGUUGUGUGACAGUUGAUUUAAGAUACUUUUAAUAAUAUAGUACUAUAUUUUUUUGACUAGACUAUUCAUAAUUUAAGAUUGAUAAAAUACUGUCAGAUUACAAAAGUUCCUUAGAUAAAAAAAUAAAUAUUUUAAAUGGUAAUAAAUUUUAAUUUAUACAUUAUUUUAUCCAAAUUGGUUUGAAAAUUUAUAAAUAAAAUAUUUUACAUGUG